AGCAUUUAUUAAGACUAAUAACUUCCUCAACUGACUUAGAACAUUAAUAGUACUAAUAAAGUUGGAUCUUACUUUAUCACAGUAUAUUGCCUUUGAACUCAUAUACAAACCCACUAAAUUUAACUAUUAAGCUAGUUUAGUGGUUAAACUAUUCUGAACUAAUACUUAAUGGAUAAAAAUAAGUGCUGUUACUAAACAAAAUUGUAAAUACAAAUGCAUCGUUCCCAGUAUUCCUCACAUCUACAAGUCAUCAGUAGAAAUAAUAUUAAUUUUCUGAUAUAUUAAUUUUUUAGAAUCAUCAGAAUUUCUUUGAUAGGUUAACUUGCAAAUUAAACAGGUUUCACUUUGACUAGUAUUACUUUUUAUCUUGUAUCUCCAACUGGAUGUCUACAGAUUCAAAUCAGACAUAGAAGAGGGCUUAAACUAUGAUGACCACAUUAACUACAUACGUUAAAUAGCUUUAUCCAAAUGUUCCUUCCUGCAUAAGCAUUUUAUACAUUAUAAGAAUAUGGCUUUUAAAAAUGUUACCUACUACUUGGUUUAAAUAUGUCAUUUUACAAGAGCGAACAGAAGAAUUUGUGAAUGCAUUUUCCAAAUUGUAGAGAUUUUUAGCAAGGACACAAGAGUUUGUUUUUCAGAGACCCCAAAUGGUGCAAACAGACUAUGUAGGAUCAAUAACAAUGCCUUGCCUAUGAUUAUCUGUGCUGGAACUCUUUUUAGUAAUUAAUUUUCCAUGCCUGUUUAGCCUAAAGCUUCUCAGGGGAGGAGACUGCUAGCUGUACCCAUGUAAAGAUAGUGGCUAUCAUGGUUAUCAUUUAAGAAUUAAUAGUUUGUGACAUGCAGAAAUGAAAUAAAUAGGGCUGCAUAAUUCUUCAGUGUUGAACUGGGUUUAGUUCCCAGAAUGACAAAGGUAGGCUGACUUCUUAGAAACUAUACAGGAUGGAUCCAUUAAGUUUUCCUUUAUUGAUAGAUCAGAAUUUAUUUUCUCUCCACAUUUGACCGCUCAUACAGGCAGUGGCUGAAGGCUUUUACAGGGUAGACACUAAAUCCAUAUUUAGUCCUCAGCUUCACUUCCAAAAAGCUGUUUUAAAAGCCAUGUGGUAAUAUUGAUGUUAAACUGUCCUCAUGUUGCUGCUAUUCCCUUUCCCUGUUUAAAUAUUUUACUGAGUAUUGCUUCUCUUUAUCUUAGGGAGAGGUGGAAGGCAAAGUGUCAGUAAAGACUGUAAGAUGCACCCUCAUACAUUUAAGUAGUUUUCUGAAUCAGAAUCUACUGAACAACUCAGGACAGCACCAAUAUUCACAGCAGUGCUGCAUCAAACCCUGCAACACUGAACUCUUACUCUGUCAGUCCUGGCUCAAGUAACUCUCCUGCUACUCUUACACAAAGCAGGAUGCUGGCAAGUUACCCAUUUGCUGAUGCUUCCAAACUGUUCUGCUCAAUGACAGAAAGCAGAUUAAGAUAUGGGGAAAGAACAGCACAGGGUUCAAAAAGCCUUGCUCAUCCAUAGCUGCCAGGAGAUGGUACUCUUUCAAGUAGAGCAGCUGGGGAAUCCUUCUUACAGUGGAAAAACCAAACUGAAUCUCAAGUUUUCAGCUCCUUUUGCAGAUACAGUGUUAGGCUGCACCUCCUUUCUGCUGCUCUUAACUCUCAGAAGGAAGGGAAGAGUGCAGUUAGUUUUACCAUAUUUUUCUUGCCUUUAAACAGCUUUAUCUCAUCCUUCCAGGUUUUUGACAGGCAGUUGGGCAGCAGCUUUCUCUUUAAGCUCAUUUCUUUUGUAUGUAUUCUAAGUGUUACAACACUCUACAAUUAUUCUUCUUAUGAGAUAAAUGUUAAUCAUUUAUUACAUUAGAGAGAAGUUCUGCUUUAAGGAAGGUAAUCAUAAUACCAGAGAACACUGUAGUAACGCUGAACAUGUCUAUUUUGUUAGACCACUGUGUCUUGGGAUGGAGAUAAACUUCUUUGUGUACAGAAUGGAGAAAAAGAAGGUCGUGGUUGGACCCAGUGGAUUGAAGGAGAUGAAAUGCACCUGUUGGUUUUCAGCUCUUGCCACCAUGCCUGCUGAUUACAAUGGGACGUGGGAAAUGGAAAGCAAUGAAAACUUUGAAGGCUACAUGGUUGCUUUAGGUAUUGAUUUUGCAACUCGUAAGAUUGCAAAACAUUUGAAACAAACAAAGGAGAUUGUUCAGGAUGGUGAUAACUUCAAAACAAAAACACUCAGUACUUUCAGAAACUAUGAACUGAAUUACACUGUGGGAGUGGAGUUCGAAGAGCACACCAAAGGCCUGGAUAAUCGAGUGGUAAAGACGCUAGUGACCUGGGAUGGUGACAAACUGGUGUGUGUUCAGAAAGGUGAAAAGAAAAACAGGGGAUGGAAGCACUGGAUUGAAGGAGACCUACUGCAUCUGGAACUGACAUGUGAAGACCAAGUGUGCCAUCAGGUAUAUAAGAAGAAAAACUGAUCAGAAAGCUGCACCAUUAUGCUGUUAUGUUUUGUCUAAAGAGAAGAACCAAGCCAGAUUUGCAAUAAUUAUUCAACACCACCUUGUGAAUGUAUUUUAUGCCUGUUUAUGGAAACAAACACAUUUUAUAGAAAUAACAUCAAAGAGUUACAAACAUCAUAAAUUCCUUUGUAUUUCAGUCUGGAGUUAAAUAAAAGUAAUUGUCUUUCAAA